GGUAAAAUCCACCGAGGACUGACCGCUUCUGCCUCUUCUUCACAGCGGCACCACGGAGCGCCGACUCUCCGCCUCUCCGCCUCUCCUCCCCGGCCUGACGGGCCGCGAAGAGCCGCUGACGGCAAGGACGAGCCGCGGAGCACCGGAGGACAGCGCCUCUGCACCGGAUGAUGGAUGUAACUCCGGUACCGACUGACGGACAAGGAGCCCGGUGGACUCGGCGGAGGGGCAGCGGGGACUUGUGAGCAUCCCACCGGUCGGAGGAUCCCGGUUGUUUUCUGGAUUUGAAUCUUUUCCCACAAUGUCACCACCAAGGAGACGCGGCUGAGGCUCCCGCUCUUCCUCCGGUGACCGUCUUCCUCGGCAGCUGUUUCUGACGGUUCCAGCUCCGGUAUGAGCUCAACCGGACCUUCCUGUCACAUCUGACCGGGGAUAUUGGGGGGUGGUGGCGGCGGGGUGCUGGUGGGAGACGCAUUGGGAUUUCUUGGAUGAGAACCGGUCACCGGGCCGGAUUCCGUGCGGAGGGACGCCGGCCGGAGCGGAGGAGGAGGAGGAGGGAGGAGCAGCAGCAGCGACGGCAGCAGCUGCGGGGAACCGAACUGACAACCUCAUCCCCGGGGGGAGAGCAGCAGCGAGGCGGCCCGAGGAGGAUGUGAAGAUGGGUUUAGUUUUCGGUCUCCUGUGGCUGUUCACCGGCUUCCUGCAGGGCGCGCACGGCCAGGGCGUGUACGCGCCCCCUACAGUGCGCAUCGUGCACUCAGGUCAGGCCUGUAACGUAGAGGAGGAGCGCUACAGUGAGCGAGUGUACACCAUCAGAGAGGGAGAGACUCUGGAGCUGCAGUGUCUGGUGACAGGACACCCCCGACCACAGAUACGUUGGACUAAGACGGCGGGCGGAGCCUCGGACCGCCAGGGCGACUCCUCGCUGCACAACGAAACUCUGAAGAUCGAUAAUAUCAGCCGCCACCAGGGGGGGCGCUACUAUUGCAAGGCUGAGAACGGGCUGGGAUCCCCCGCCAUCCGCUCCAUACGAGUCGACGUCUACUACCUGGACGACCCGGUAAUAACAGUACAUCAGAGCGUCGGUGAGGCGAAGGAGCAGUUUUACUUUGAGAGGACGGUGUUUCUUCGCUGCGUCGCCAACUCCAACCCACCUGUUCACUACACCUGGAGGAGAGGCCGGGAGGCUCUGACCCAGGGCUCCGACUCCGGGGUGGAGAUCUACGAGCCGUUUUUUACACAGGGUGAGACAAAGAUCUUGAAGCUAAAGAACCUUCGUCCUCAAGAUUACGCUGAAUAUACCUGCAUCUCCUCCGUCAGGAACGUCUGCGGUAUCGGAGACAAGAGCGCCCACUUCAGUCUGAACAACAGGACAGCUCCUCCCUCCAUUAAGCUCCUCCUGGACGACCCCCUGGUGGUGAACCCGGGGGAGACGAUCACUCUGGUGUGCGUGGCAUCGGGUGGAGAUCCUCCUCCCACCUUGAGGUGGGUGAGGCCGGGAGGGGAGGAGCUCCCAAAGAGGAGCGUCAUCAACGGCGGCACGCUGACCAUCCCCGCUGUCACCGUGGACAACGGCGGUGCCUACAGCUGCAUGGCGUCCAACAACGUGGGCAAUCCCGCCAAGAAAUCCACCACCAUACUGGUCAGAGGCCUUCGUAAAGGUCGGUUCUGGAUCACGCCCGACCCGUACCACAACGACGACAACAUCCAGAUUGGCCGGGAGGUGAAGAUCAGCUGCCAGGUGGAGGCCACGCCGCCCGAGGAGCUGCAGUUCAGCUGGUUGAAGAACGGCCGGCCGCUGAAGAGCUCCGAGCGGAUGGUCAUCACUCACACCGACACCGACAUCUCACCGGGAACAACCAACCUCGACAUCAUCGACCUCAAGUUCACCGACUUCGGCACUUACACCUGUGUGGCGUCGCUGAGGAACGGAGGAACCCCCGAGAUCAGCAUCGACGUCAACAUCUCAUCCACCACAGUCCCGCCCACUGUGGAGCCGGUGUACACAGAGAUCCGACAGGCUCUCGGCCGGGCGUUCAGCCUCACCUGCCGCCUGCUGCGAGCUCACCCAGCCCGCCUCUUGCGAUACGAGUGGAAGCUGGGCUCCCGCCUGCUCACCGUUGGACAGUUCAGCGACCAGCGUGAUGACACCAACUACCUAGUCAGAGCUCUGAACCGAGAGGGCUACGGCGAGUACACCUGUGACAUCACCAACGAGGCCGGGGCAGGGCGCUGUACCUUCCUGGUCACAGGGAAGGCCUACGCUCCAGAGUUUUACUACGACACCUACAGCGCUCUGUGGGAGAACCAACCUCGAGUCUACGGCUUCAAGCUGCAGUGGACACAGAUGGAGCCCAACGCUGUGGACCGGAUCCUGGCCUACAGACUCGGUAUCAGACAGGGGAGUUUCGUUGUGGUUUCGAGGACGAGGCGAUGUGUUUGUUCUCUCAGGACAAAACCGACGAGUUUGACUGGACUCGUCACAGCGCCGCCACACGAGACACCAAAUACACCCCGAACACCGGACCGAGCUCCGACCACACCGGCUCCAAGCAGGGUUUCUACAUGUACAUUGAGACGUCGAGGCCGAGGCUGGAUGGAGACAAAGCCAGGCUGCUGUCUCCCACCUUCAACAUGAAUUCCAAGAGCUCUUCCUCUUCCUCGUCUGCCACCAACAACCCCACCUACUGCUUCGCCUUCUACUACCACAUGUACGGGAAGCACAUAGGAGCUCUGAAUGUGUUUCUGCGUCAGAAAGGUCAGACGGUGAGCGACACCUCAGUCUGGAGUCUGACCGGUAACCAAGGAGACCGCUGGCGGCAAGCCAAGGUCAACAUCCAUCCAACCACAGCCUUCCAGAUGGUGAUGGAGGGCGUCCGGGGUUCUGGUAUCGAGGGAGAUAUCGCCAUCGAUGAUGUCACCAUUGAGGAGGGUGAAUGUAAAGACCCUCCCCCCAAAAAUCUAAGGUCUCUCGCCCCGCCCUCGUCACCCCAUAUAUGGCAGCUGUUUGUCACUCUGAGUCUGGUUCUGAUUGGCCGGCAGAGGUGACCCCCCCCUCCUCUACAGAACGCCACAACCAUUGACUCUCCUGUUCCCCCCUUCACCUCCCCAUCCAAUCCCAUCGUCCCCCCCCCAACUACCAAAGAUAUGAACUACAGAGAGACUUCCUGCCAAGAUGGCUGAAACAAAAGGUCAAAAGAUCUCAUAGAGACGAGAUGACUUAAAGGAGCAGUCCACACAUUUACACUACACUACAUUUGAGCAGAGUCAGCUAGCAGUUCCUCCUUUCUUCCAGUCUUUAUGCUAAGCUAAUCACAUCCUGACUUAAGACAUCUGAACAUGUCACUCUCAGGAAGACAGACAAACAUUUCCUCUAUUGUCAGAAAUGGAAAAUAAUAUCCAUAACUCCGUUUUCAUUAGUGUUAAAUCAGCUGAAUAUAAGAAUCUACAGAGAGGAUUCACUAGCAGGUUUCACACUCUUUUUAAGAAAUAGUUUUUCUUGACAAUACGAGACAACUGUGUUUCUCAGUUCACAGCAGAUAUUUCUACUUCCUGAAUUGACUCCAAUAAUUUUGCCAGAGCACAGGCUAAAAUACAAUACAAAAUAUUCAGUUAUUUAGUUAUUUUAAAUCUAAAAUAGAAUUGAACACAUUGUUUUUUCCAGAGCUGAUGAUGGAAGUAGUUUCACUGUUGAGAUUCGCAUAUGCUUAGUACCGAUCAGACACUCACAAGAAGAAAACAGGCGCGUCAAGUUUUUGAAAAACUUUCCCUAAAAGGAGCCGACAGCAUCUUGCUACAUGGCAGCUAAGAGGGUUUUUGUUUUUUGAUAACCGCUAAUAAUUAAAGCAGUUUGUAUGAGAGCAAGUAGAUUUCUGUCAUGUUUUUAUACAGGAACCCAGAACGGACAAAUCAAACACUGCCUGUAGAUAGGACCUUUUCAUGGCCACCAAAUUUUCUCCUUCAUGCACAGAACCAGCUCCUGUAAUCCUUUAGACAGGUGGAGGGCAAGAAGGUUUCUAUAAUCCCGACUGCAGGUUUCUUCUUUACACGAUGUUUCAGAUGAACGCAGAAAGUCAGCAUAACUUUAUUAAACGUACAAGGAGUUUUCCCACUAACGGCAGGUACAUUUGGCAGAAGUUAAUUAGCAGUGAGGCCAUAGAUGUCUGUAACGCAUCGCCCUCAGAAACACUCAGAAGAGAGAGUCAGGAGAGAAAGCGUACGUAGCAUUAGUAUAUAGUGCAUCUGUUUGUUUCACCGUCAUCCGUUCUCUCCUGUGGAACUUGUUGACCUUUUUGAUUCAGCUCUGCGCCACAAAGCACAGAAAAUCAUGCGCUCCAGUCAGAAAAAGAGGAAAUAACAGCUUGAAUGUCACCUUUCCUGACCUCCCCUCUAUCCCACCAUGCCCACUCAUAACCCCUUCCAGUCCUCCCCCUCCUCAGAUCAACAGUACUGUACCGGGAGCUGGACGGACAACCGGCAGUCUCUCAUUUUACAGCGGGCGGACGACAGAGUUAAAAAAAAAUACGUUCAGAUCUUAUUUUGACGUCUGUCUGUCUGCGGCCCACCGGGGAGGAGAGUUCACCCUCUGCCAUGUCAUCAAGUGCCUUCAGAUUCACAGAGGAAGAGACCGCCGGGCUGAGGACCGCUGUCGUCACGGAAACAAAAAGACAAAGCAUCGGACAUCGUUAUGUCUUAAUGGCCGAGGAGAAAAUAACCGAUGAACAGAAACAUCUCCGGGUCUGAUUAUGCAGAAAAUCAGUUUCUUACAGAUUUCUUGUUUGUUUGUUUUUUUAUUUAAUGAUGACAAGAGGAUUCUGGGAAAAAGGAAGCCAUGUUGGAUGGCAUUAAGAGGAGGCAGCAAAGAAGAAGCCAUGGACAGGAAAUAGACUCUGGAUGCAGACAGGAAGCUGUUUGAUUUAUUUAAAGAACAACACGCAGGAACGGGGACUGGAUAUUUAUCCAAUGGGAUUCGAGCAUUUGGUCUCUCAGAACUAUUUUAGUAUUUCAAGAGUUUUCAGAAAGACAUGGAGACUUUGAUGCUACCUGAGACCAUUGGUUACCUUAAACUACAAAAACAGCUGGAGCUUUUGGAAAAAGAGGAAGAAAAAUGCAUUGUAAAAUCAAAUCUUAUAUUGUUCCUAUGAUAUUAUAAAGAUGGGGGGAAUCUUUACCACUUUUAUUUUGAUGGGUUUGAUGAGGUUGGGAUUUUUAUUUCUGGUUUCAUUUCUUUUUUUUUUUUUUUUAUUUGUAGAAAACUCAAAAUCAAAGUUUGAAAGAUUAAAGAAAGGUUUUGUUUUUUAAUUUCAGGGAGUUGAUGGUUUGAUACACGUCCUGCUGAAAAACACAUUUCUACUAAUAAUCCACGGUGAGGAUUCAUUAAAAGAAAAAGCACAAAAAGACAAAAAUAUAUUUAUAUCUUACACACCUCAUGUUUCAUAUGGAAGCCCAUUUCUGCUCUCAUAAUUAUCAUAAUUCAUACUCAUAUGGUUUACAUAUAAUAUAAUAUAAUUUCUUAUUAAUUGACUUAAAAGUAACAAUCAUGAUUCACUUUCACAUAAUUUUUAAUAAUAUUUUUGACGCUUUAAUUUGGAAUUUGUCACAUUAUUUUAACUUAGUGUCUCAUAACUGAAAAUCACAAUGAGUGUACGUAUUAGUCUGGAUUCUCAAGGGGGAUUUAUUUUGUUAUUCACAUGAUCAACUGUAUAGGACUGGAGUUAAAACAGAUUGUUAAUUUAACAUUCUUCUUCCACUCAGUAAGAGAGAUUAAUCUUGUGUCCUUUCAACCUUAAUUGUGACUUAAAAAUAUAGAAGUAUGAUUUACUAGCUGGUUUUAUUUUUGGCAGGUUUCUUUAUGCCUUUUAUUCCUUUUUCUGGCAGAAAUGGUCUUUCGUACAUCAGCUUGUAUUCAUGUUGUCACAGAAAAACCACACGACUGCCAUUUUAAUCCACGUGGUUUCACAACAUCUGUGGAAAAAAAAUAAAAAUUUUAACUUAAAUACAUUCAAAGACGCAGUGAAAGAGCAGUUGGAGCAACUUUAGGUUCUUUAUGUGACAUAUGUCAGAGUAUUUGGGGGUGGGGUUUCAUUUGUAGGAUUUAAUUGAGUUUGAAUUGAGUGAGUGUGGAGAGUGAGUUGGACCUGCGACACAUGAGAUAAAGAGUGGUUUAUUAUGAUUCACUGUCUUUUUUUUCACAACACAAUACUGAUAAAUCCUGAUUUCCAUCUCAGCCUUUGAUGAGACGUCUUUCAGCAGAAGAUCCAUUAGAUAAUUUACACCCUCAGAUAAAUAUAGUUUCUUUUUAAUGUUUUGUUGAUUUUUUUUCCCCUCCCUGUGGCGACACUUUUCCUCUCUCAGCGUGUUUUUCCACUGCAGCUGAUAAUCAGAUUUUUAUUGAAGCUCCUCUGGGUGUCCGUUUAUCCUCCCCUGCAUCAUUAUCACAUUAACUCUGUUCAGAGGAAUCAAACUGCGUAUUAGUGAUUACAGCGCAGUCACACACACACACCAUCCCCACUCAGAAACGUAAAUAAUGUGUAUAUACAUUUGUGUGGAAGCCAAUUACAGCCUCGAAAAGAGAAAAUCAAAAAUCUAAUUUAUGACACAAAGUCACAGUUUGUCAAAUUAAAUCAGAACAAUGAUAUAAUCCAGUGUAAUCCAGCCUGAGGGUCGGGACCCAUAUUAGGGCCAAAACUUCACAAAGGAUCGCAAGGCCUUUACCGUCAGUAGUCUCAGCCCCGAACAGAGACAAGACUUUGGACAGAUACAUAAAUAAAAUGGCAGAAAAGUAAAUUAUAGCACAUGAUGUUACAUAGAGACGGAGCUCGGACACAGUCGUGGAUUUAGACCACCUCGAAGUCUUGGUGCUUCAUUACUCUGCUAAGCAAAAGCCGCAUUUUGGAAAAAUAACUUUAUAUAAUUGAUUUAAAAUCAAUAACAAUAAAAGUAAGACCCUCAGACCUGGUCACAUGUUGGUAUUUUUAAAAUCACUCACAGGUCACACAAGUGAGUAAAAAGUUCUUUAUUAAAUCAUCUACAUUUCAAAUGAUCCUUGGAUGUGAUAAAAGUCGUCAUAGCCGGUCAGAGAUUCUGUUGUCAAUUCUCUGCAGUGGAAAAAACAUGUCUUCAUUUAUUCCCCCGGGGGGUCUGAUGUCUGUGUUGUUUAUGUUUAGAUUUUUCGGGGGAGGGGCAAUAAAAUAAAAGUUUAAAAAAGCCACUGACGCGACUCUGUGGACGUGUGAAGAAAGAUAUUUUUAUAACUGUGAUUAUUCUCUGCAAUAGAUUCUCAGAUCAGUUGGACUGACUGAAGGUUACACUGCA